AUGGAGCAACAGUGUCUGACCCAGGAAGUGCAGCCUCCCACCCCCUCCCGCGGCAACAGCCAGGGCCUUCAAGCGACCGCAGCCAAUGAGCGCCUGGGAGCAGAACGCGGCACGGGGGGUCCGGCCGGAACCCUCCUCUCCUGCCUGAGCAGAGAGAAACCCCCAGCGCGAACCAACCAGACAGAGCCCCAGAGAAACCUGCCCCCUGCUGCCAGCCAGGGCUCGGGGCCGCCCCCGGGGCCAGGCGCCCAUCAGCCCAGACCCCUUUAUCGUAUCCCAGAUCUCUUCUUUUCCUGUAAGAUCCACCCCCAGGCGGAGAGCUCUGGCUCCUCCCCUGGGGCUGGGUUACGGGAUGGGGAGAAACCCUACAAGUGUGAUUGCGGGAAAAGCUUCAAUGAGAGCUCAGCCCUUAGUGUGCACCAGAGGAUCCACAUUGGAGAAAAGCCUUUUAUAUGCCCUGACUGUGGGAAAAAUUUCACUCAGAGCUCAAACCUCAUUCAGCACCAGAGGAUCCACACAGAAGAGAAACCCUACAAGUGUCGUGACUGUGAAAAAAGCUUCAACGACAACAGGCACCUCAUUAGACACCAGGCAGCUCAUGUUUCUGGAGAAAAGCUAUACAAGUGCCCUGACUGCAGGAAAAGCUUCAGCCAGAGCUCAGACCUCAUCAGACACCAGAGAACCCUCUCAGGAGAGACUCCCUAUAAAUACCCUGUGUGGAAAAAUCUUCAGAGACGGCUGCUGCUGUCUGCCUGCCUGCUCAGCACAUCGGGGGUUGAACUUCCCGGGUCAGACGCCGCUGCCGCCUCCAUUGUGAGCCGGGAGCCGGGCCUGAGCCGCUGCCGCUGCCCAGCGAGGUGUGUGCGGGGAGAGCCCUUCCCCAGCGCCCCUCGGGGCCCAGCCGCGGGGACUUUCUGCGGGGGCUGGAAUCAGCCCCUGGGGCAGCCCUGGGCUCUGCCGAUACCAGCCCCUGAGCCGGAGCCUGCAGGUGAUGGGAUGGUGAGUGAGAAUGAGGAGGAGAAAUCUCAGCAGGAAGGUGCUGAGCAAGUGAAACUGCAUGGGAUAGUAUUGGGAAGAGCUGAAGGGGAUGUUUCCCAGAGCCCUGAGCAGGGAGACGCCUGUGAGAGUCAGCGCAGGCCAGAGAGGGAGCAUGGAAACCAGUCAGAGGAGAGACUGGGUAAAUCUACUCGUGGGAAAAGAGGGGACAAGAACAUCUAUGCAAAAACAAGCAAAACAAGCCAGCAAAGAAACCCAGCUGAGCAGAGAUCACUUGCCUGUGGUAAAUGUGGGCAAAGCUUCCCCUGCAGCUCCGCCCUCAGCCUGCACCAGAGGAGUCACAACAGUGCCAGAGAGAAACCCUACAAAUGUGAGGAGUGCGGGAAAAGGUUCAGCCGGAGCUUGAACCUCAUAAUUCACCAGAGAGUGCACACGGGAGAGAGACCCUACAAAUGCCCCGACUGCACCAAAUGUUUCAAGAACAGCUCUGGGUUCCUGAGGCACCAACUAGCCCACACGGGCGAUAAACCCUUCAUUUGUCCAGACUGCGGGAAAUGCUUCAAUCGGAGCUCCACCCUUGUCACACACCAGAGGACCCACACGGGGCAACAGCCCUACAAGUGCACUCACUGCGGGAAAGCCUUCAGCCAGAGCUCCAACCUGAUCAGACACCAGAGAACCCACGGGGGAGAGCGUCCCUACCCAUGUCCUGACUGUGGGAAGAGCUUCACUCAGAGCUCCAACCUCAUGACCCACCAGAGAAUCCACACGGGGGAGAGACCCUACAAAUGCACCGAGUGCGGGAAAGGCUUCGUUCAGAUCGCAAGCCUUCUUUCCCACGAACGAACCCACAUGGAGGGGAAACCCCAUGAGUGUCCUGACUGCGGGAAAAGGUUCCGCUACAGCUCCAGCCUGACUUCCCAUCAGAGAACUCACACGGAGGAGAAUCCCUAUAAAUGUCCCGACUGCGGGAAAAGCUUCCCUCAGAGCUCAAACCUCAGCAGGCACCAGCGAAUCCACACAGGCGAGAAACCUUAUGAGUGCCCCGUGUGCGGGAGAAGUUUCAUUCAGAAAUCAAACCUGUUUGCUCACCAGAGAACCCACUUGGUAGACAAACCUUCCAAGUCCCCUCCCAAAUGAGGGCUAGGCCUCUGCAGAGGCCAAGUGUUACUGCAGAGGGUAUAGUGCAGAAGGGCUCAUUCACAGCCCUUUAACUUACAGGGUGACGUUGACCUGGUUUAAUAGGCUGUGUAAACACGCUAUAAUCCAGGCUCAUUUUGGUUUAGACUAAAUUGAUUAGUUCAGGUCUCUACAGACAAAAAAUUACCCCAGUCUAAGGGCCUCUCCGAGCAGGGAAGUUAUUUCAGAAUAACGGAGAGUGUGAAUUUGAAGUGUUACAGAUAUCCCCUAAUGACACUGCAUGUGGACGCUCUCGUAUUGAGAUUUAGGGUCCAUGUGGAGAGUUGUUCUAAAAUAGCAGUAGCUAGUCAGUUUCCCCAUGUAGACAAGCCCUAAUUAAAGGUAGAAUUAUAAACUGAUUUAGUUUAGCAGGCACAGCUGUAUGUGUGAUGUUCAUAUUUCCAACCUUGCUUGGCUUGGUUUAGCUUGAGGUGUUUACACUAUGUUAAUUAGACCUUUGUGAGUUUGUGUAGGAAUAAGGACUUUGCUGGAGCACUGACCUCCACUCCUAUCAAAGGGGUGAACUUUGGGAACUAAAAUUUAAAAAGGAAAUGGGCAGAAAAAGUCAUUAACAGUAGGUAGAAGAUAAACAAUUACAUGAUUGGACCAAGCAGAAUCUACAAACUAAUUGUAGGCAAUGGAAUAGGUAGAUGUGAAAGAAACAAACAAGAACCACCAAAUCUACUUUGUCAUUUAAUCCUUCCUUGCUAUGUUGUGAUGUAGCUGUCCCAGUGACCACAGCAUCAGUUAUUUGUGUUAACCUCCACCUUUCCAGCCCCUUCACCCAGUUACUGGUUGUAAAAUCCACCUGCUGCAUUUUCCCUCGUUGUACAAAUGUGAUUAAAGCUGUUGAAAUGUG